GCGGGAGUAUUUGAACGGCGUUGGGGGGGGGGGGCUCGUUCCUCUUCCGGGUGGGAGGUGAGGGGCGGCGCGGGGUCGCCAUGGCGAGCAACGCCGCCAGCCUCAACGCGGUGCGGGAGACGAUGGACGUUCUGUUUGAGAUUUCAAGAAUAUUAAACACUGGCUUGGAUAUGGAGACGUUGUCUAUUUGUGUGAGGCUUUGUGAACAGGGGAUAAACCCAGAAGCUUUAUCAUCUGUUAUUAAAGAACUGCGUAAGGCUACAGAAGCUCUAAAGGCUGCUGAAAAUAUGACAGGCUGACAUGGGAGAAGAUUUCUGUGUGAGAAGAAUGCCAAGUUAACAGAGGCUUUGAAUAUUGCCACUAUUCAGAAAAAAAGUGAAAUAAGUGUGUGUGCAAAGGUUUCAGAAUAUUUCUGUAAUCUUCUUGAAAAGGAUGAUGUAUAGAAUAGCUUUGAAAAAAAUUUUAAUAAGAUAAGUUCACCCAUAAGCUCAUUACUUGGUAUUUUUGUGAACUAUUUGUGAAUAUAGUACAGUUGCUUUUCUUUGGCAUCCAGUAUUUUUUAAACCAUGUGAGAUACUGCACACUUGCUGAACCUACUAGUGUGUAGCAAUGAGUAUUGUUAUAAUGAGUACAGCUUGUUAAUGCAUCUUUUAGAAGUGUGAAUAUAUCUUGGGUUUUAGCUCUUGCUUUGAUGAAAAAAUACAUGUACAAUUUUAGUUUUGCUUUAUGGACUAGAUAGGCAUGAAGCCCAUCCUGAUUUUAUUUUGAGUAAGGGUAGUGACUUAAGUCUCAGUCUGAAAGUAAGAAAUAAAGCACUUUUGAUAAUGAAGGUAAUGAAUGGUCCUUUUGAUUCAAAUUGCUGGAAAAAGUGUUUUUAACUUGGGUUACAAAGGAACUUCAGUUAUCCAUGCAGAAAUGUAUGUAAAUUUAAAUUGUAGAUUGCAUGGAAUAUUUUACAGAGUUCAGAUGCUAUGUUUGUUACAUUUGUUCUGACUACUAGACCUAAAAAUAUUAAGGCUAUAUUGUUGCUUCAUAGUCAAAGCUUAUGAGAAGCAUCGGGUUUGGUUAAUGGGAAUCAGUGAGUCUUAAAAAGUCAUUUGGUAUAGGAAUGUCUUCUCAUUCAGCACUAGGAGUCUUCACCGAUGCCAAAACAAGUGUUUAUAGUAUAUACAGUAAACUGUUUAUCAUGUUACUUUCCAGUAAAUAUCCUUGCACCCAGGAAUUCUACUUCAUAAGAAAAUGGUUUCUUGUGUACUCUUAAUCUGCUGCUCUUUAAGCUUUUUCAAUUUUUUGUUAGCAUUGUUUCAAGGUGUACUGUUAAUGGGACCUAAAGUAACCUCCAAGGUUAAUAGGGUGGAGCACAUUUGGAAAUAAACCUGGAAUCUUAGUUAAGCCAAA